UGUAUUUGUUUGACAACUCAGCCCGUCUUGAUUACGGCGUUCUGUUGUGCGGUAGUCAGGAAGACGUAGCGCGAGGAAUCGGACGGAUAUCUUAGCCAUCCGCAGUUUUAAGGAGCAGUUUUCGACAAUUAGAGGAAGGUUGAAGUUCUAAGAUGGCCAUGGCAUACUAUGGACGCCCUCCGCCUCCAGAGGAGAGCAUUUAUAACCUUAUACCGAGGGAAGAAAUCAAACCAUCCAAACCUGCUAGGUUCGUGGAAGGAAAACCCGGAAUUAUAAAGAAUGCAGGUUACACGUCCAAGUUCAAUGACACAGUUAAGACGGAACUUAAGAAAGACAAGGCUCCUGCCAAGACGAUGGGUCCAGCCAAGGUGGACGUCAGCCCUCCCAAACAAUUCCUCAAGAAACACCAGAAGGAGCCAAAGCUGCCUCCAAAGUCCGAGUUCCACUACCCAGACGAGGACAAGAAGCGCCCCGCGGUACCCAGGAAAGAAGAGAAACCCCUCAUGGGAUUGCAGACCAACAAAAACUUCAUCACGACCAACGCCGUGGAAAACAUCAUGUCCGUCCCCAAGAAACCCGUCGCUAAGUACGUGGACACACCCAAGGGAGCGACCUUUGACCUGGACCCCUCGGGCCUGAACCCAAAAUAUGUGCAGAAAAAGGACUACGGAAAGACUCCCGAGUACCUGAACAGAAGGAAGGAAGAAGUGCAGAGAGCGCAGGAGGAGUACGACGCCUACGUCAGGGAGCACUUCAGACGAGGGGCCAUGAAGUCCCUGUCAGAGGCAGAGAGACAGUCGAUGUUGGACGGGCUGAAGGGGAACUGGGAGCUCCUCCACCAUCAGUACCAGGGGCUCUCCGUCGUCACGGAUACCGCGCCCAAGAAGGCCCGCAAGGAGCGCAUGGAGGCUGAGAUGAAGCAGUUAGAGAGAGACAUAGAAGCCAUCGAGAAACAUAAAACCAUCUACAUCGCAAACCACUGAGGAAAAGGUCCAGUUUCGGGGGAGGGGGUUACAAUGGGUCAGGCCAUGUUGAUUUGAUUAUAUGGAUGACAUCAAGUUUCUGACAUUUAAAAGAUAAGCAAAAGUUUUAAACCAUACUCCAAAUCGUACAAAGCAGCUUCAUAAUAAGCAAAUGUAUGCUGUUUUGCAAACAUAGAUAACGGAAAAAUGUAUACUAAUGUCAUAGAACAUUAGAAGGUCAAAGAAAACGUGAAUCACAUAUUCUGUGUGUUCUAUCAUUUGUUCAAAUUUCCUGACCACUUUGAUUUCACUAUGAAGACAAAUUUUUUUGUCAAACUUUUUUUAUUCGCACGCCGGCAUAAGUUUAUGGAUUCCUAGAGGAUAUUCCAUAUAGUAAAAUCAACAUGGCCUUACGAUUAUCAUAAUAUAUUACCUGAGAGCGUUGUUCUUGUUGGAAUACUGAGAGAGAAAAUGGCAAGGGUGAAAAACAAACGUUAACAUGAUGAACUAACCUUUGCAACAUGACGAACAUUUUGUAUCUUACAAUCAUAGUGCCUUGAUAUUUAAAUGAUGUAGUCACACAGUUGUACACAUGUACAGACAACUACUUCCAGCUAUGGAUGAUAAUGCACUACGCUGCUUUAGAAGUUGCCAACAUUGAAUUCUCAGUGCAUCCUAACAUAAACGCUACACUAACAGCAAAGUUAUUGCGUUACAUUGAAUUCUCUGUGCACCCUAACAUAAAUGUUACGCUAACAGCAAGUUUAUUGCAGCAAAAUUGCCAACAAGUGUAAUACUUGGCAAGUUGCCAAUGUACUUGACUCUAAAUGUUACUCUAACAGCAAGGUUCCUCCAGCAAAAGUGCCUUAUUCUUUUGUAAACUACACUGAAUGAAGUGUAACACAUUUUCUAUAUCACCUGCAAGUGCCUUUAUGGAAAUCAACUGUCCACAUUUAGAGAGUGUUAAAGCAAAUCAACACAUUUUAUACUUGGUCUGUUUGUUAUUUUAGUACUCCGUCCUUGUGAAAUUUGUCACAAAGUAUUUAGGACACAGAUUUGUAUAUAUAUAACCUGCAGCUCUCAAUAUGUACAUAAUAAAGAGAAAAUGAAAGUUGUGAUAGUUAAAAGUGAA